UUAUGUGUUGCGUAUACAAGUGGCGUUAGGAGGCCGCUAGCCCCUUUCUGUGAUUUAGUUAUAUUUUAAAAAUUAAUUUUACAUUGCGUGUAUAAAUUACACCAUCGAUAAAAAUAAAUUUGUGAACGGUAUCCUUACGAGUGACAAUCGCGUGUUGAAUUUGACAUGUGGCAAUAAAAUAAACUUUCCUGAAGAUAAAUUAUAUUUUUAAAAUGUUUAGAAGUAAAAUAAGGAUACACACAUGUCGCAUAAUCCUUCUUACAUCUCUGGUGUGGUUGUUGGUGGAUGUAGCUAUUCUCACUUUGUAUUCCGACUGCUUUGGCGAUGGAUGCAAUAAGAAAACAACAAACGAAUAUGGUAUUAGUGAUAUGGUAGACCUGAAGGGUAAAAAAGCUGCAAUAGCAGCUGGCUUACAAAGGGAUAUAGCUGAAGAUGACACGAACAUUGAGGAGAAUGAGGUGGAAUCAGAUGUUGGGGAGGAUGGCUUGAACCUGCCUCCAUACCCAACGUCAAGGCUGAAGAGAUGGAAACGUGUUCCACCCAUAAAACCUCAAGGGGAAUCUCCUGGUGAAAUGGGUAAGGCUGUAAACAUUCCAAUUGAACAAGAGAAGGUGAUGUUGGACAAAUUUCAGGAGAAUCAAUUUAAUUUAAUGGCUAGUGACAUGAUCUCAUUAAAUAGAUCAUUGACUGAUGUGAGGUUUGAGAAAUGCAAAGAUAAGCCAUACCCUACAUUGCUGCCGACUACAAGUGUAGUGAUAGUAUUUCACAAUGAAGCGUGGUCCACUCUAAUAAGGACUGUAUGGAGUACAAUAAACAGAUCGCCUCGGCCUCUGUUGAAAGAGAUUAUAUUGGUUGAUGAUGCUAGUGAGAAAGAACACUUAGGUAAGAAGCUAGAGGACUACAUAAAGACACUGCCCGUACCAACGCGUUUGUUCCGAACUGAAAAUCGUUCGGGACUCAUCCGCGCUCGGCUUUUGGGCGCGAAACACGUCAAGGGUGAUGUCAUCACCUUCCUGGAUGCACAUUGUGAAUGUACUGAGGGUUGGCUAGAGCCGCUGCUAGCGAGGAUAGUGGAAGACAGAUCAACAGUGGUCUGCCCGAUUAUAGAUGUUAUCUCCGACACAACAUUCGAGUACAUACAAGCGUCCGACAUGACUUGGGGCGGCUUCAAUUGGAAACUCAACUUCAGAUGGUACCGCGUGCCGGAGCGUGAAAUGGCGCGGCGUGGGGGCGAUCGUACCGCACCGCUACGCACGCCGACCAUGGCCGGCGGGCUGUUUGCGAUAGACAAGGAGUACUUUUACAAGAUCGGCUCCUACGAUGAGGGCAUGGACAUCUGGGGCGGGGAGAAUCUGGAGAUGAGCUUCCGGGUGUGGCAGUGCGGCGGUCGGCUCGAAAUAAUACCGUGCUCGCACGUCGGGCACGUGUUCCGCGACAAGUCGCCGUACUCGUUCCCCGGCGGCGUGCAGAACAUCGUGCUGCACAACGCGGCGCGCGUCGCCGAGGUGUGGAUGGACGAGUGGGGCGAGUUCUAUUACGCCAUGAACCCAGGUGCAUUGAACGUGCCAGUUGGUGACGUCACAGAACGUAAGGCACUAAGAGAUCGUCUUAAGUGCAAGAGCUUCAGGUGGUACUUGGAAAAUAUAUACCCGGAGAGUCAGAUGCCACUAGACUAUUACUAUCUGGGAGAGAUUCGUAAUGCUGAGACGUCAAACUGUUUGGAUACAUUGGGAGGAAAGGCUGGACAACCUUUGGGUAUGGGAUACUGCCAUGGAAUGGGUGGGAAUCAGGUAUUUGCAUACACGAAACGCAAGCAGAUAAUGUCGGACGACAAUUGCUUGGACGCAGCGCACCCGCGUGGUCCAAUUAAAUUGAUUCGAUGCCAUGGGAUGCGUGGAAACCAAGAAUGGACGUAUGAUACCAAGACGCGCACAAUAAAGCACACGAACUCCGGCAUGUGCCUGGACAAGCCGGAGUCGUCGGACGUGUGGAAGCCGGUGCUACGUGCGUGCAACCGGUCCCGUGGGCAGCAGUGGCUCAUGCAGCUCGACUUCAAGUGGCAGGCGCGCCGCCAGCCCGCGCCCGCCAGCUAGUCGCGCGAUUGGACAACGAUAGACCACAACAGUCUUCCCCUAUCGUUAUAUACUUAUUAGAUUUGAUCAUUUAUUCCUAUAAACUAUAGUUUUGUAUCUACGUGACGUAUCGACAUGCCCUGUGAAUUGUUGACAAUACAUGAAUAUUAUGCUGUAUUCCCUAACGUUGCUCAAACUUAGAAUUGAACGUUUAGUGACUUUGUUUUUGCUAUUCGAGAUUUAAUUAGGAAUUUAUCGUGUAAGUUGAUGACCAUUACGUAAGGGUCACCGCACACGCGCUCGGCAUUGUGCGCUCACCCUUAUAUCGAAGUGAUUAACGUUAAUACUUGUUUGUACUGAUUUUUACUAGUACGGUAUGCGAUAGUUAAUGUUGUAUGAGAUUGAAUGUGAUGCUAAGUCACAACGGGUGUUACGAGAAAUUUCUAUCACGAAUUUAUUGUAUGUAUUUGAAUCCAUUAUUGUUUAGACUCGACGCUUCCCUGUUUUAUUUUGUGGAUAUACUCUUCCAUGACUAGUGAAGUUCUAUUAUGAGAUUAUAAAACAUUAGCACUUUACAGGUGUUCAUUAGACUUCCGACAUUAUAAAUGAAAUCGAUAUAGUUUUAUAUAGGAACCUUGUCUACUAGAUUUUAACGUGUAGUUACUGUUAGUGAACUUUUUUCAUAACAUUUAGCACGACCGUUGUCUGCAUAGUUUCCGUUUUUAUAUUAUAGUGAAGCUAGGGCAAUAAUUUUCAUAUUCAUCGCUUGAGAGAUUACGUUUCUAGCUCUAUACGCUCUUAUGUUUUUAUAAUAGUCAUGCUAUCUUUCUCGAUUAAGUUACUAUUUUUAUUUUCUUAUGCAUAUUGUUUAAGUCCUUUUCAAUAUAAACUGCCAGUGAAACGGAUUUCGUAAUUCCUACUUAUAUGUCUAUUUAACUAUAAAUUCUUUUUAUAUAAAUAGAUGAAUGUUAUAUCGUGUGGUUGUUAUAUCAUAAUUUUAAUUUUGUUGCGACAUUGCAAGCUUGAUUCAUUACUCAUAUUCUAUAGAUUUUGAUAUUAUGUGAUUUAUAAUGUAAAUAUUGUUGUUAAACUUGCAAAAAAUAAAAUUUAAAUACAUAUUAUUUGCAGAGAUGUGAUUUUAUCGGAAUCACGCAUCGAUUAUUGUUAUGUAUCGAUUACAUGCAUUUAUUUAUGCGUAAUCGAUUAUCCAUACAAAUGAAAUGCGUGUAUUCGAUAAUAUAUAGGAGCGAGUUUGCGUGUUGUAAAUAAUUGUAUAACGGUUGACAUUUUAUGAAUGCCUUCUUAAAAUUAUAAAUGGAAUUGAUCCGCAUUUCACUUUAAAAUUUAUAAAAAUAAUUGAGUUUCAUAUGUGAUAUUCCUUGAAGGCAUAAUUUUUUGCGACCAAUAUAAUAAUAAAAUAAAGUGUUUAUUUUUCAUCAUAUUGCAAGUUUGACAAAAAUAUUAUAAUUGUAACUGUUGCCUUAAUUUAUAUGUCUCAAAUAUCUUGUACUAUUACAAAUGUUGAAUUUACAACUCUUUAUAUUAUGUAAGAACGAAUGAGAAUAAUUUUAGUGCAUAUCGAGUAGAGUAAAAGGGCUGGAUGGAAUUGCCUAUAUUAUAGUUCUAUACUAGGAAUAAAUAUAUUUUAUAAUUAUAUAUGACUGCCCUCGAUACGGUGUUAUAUAGGUCAAUUGAUACGGCGGUGCGAAAGUUUCUACGUCUUAACUUCCCUUUAAAAAUAAUAGCGUUAUUUUCAUAAAUAACAUUAUUGUUGUGAAAACUCAAAUAGAAACUUUGGUAUCGCCAGUAUAGAAACGAGAUUACAAUGAUACUGAGGGUAUCUAUAUGAAUGUUAAAAUUGACGAUAAUAACGAAUUUUAUUUACGUAUGAGAUUCAUUCGAGUUAGUGAUUUAUUGUUUACGAUUUUAUUGUGAAAUUUGGCAUAAUUUAUUUGUUAUAGAAAUUUUAUUUUAUUUUAUUUAAAAAUUUGAUUGUCACAUCACAAUGAUACAUUUAAAACGAAUUAUUUUUCCUAAUAGUUAAUAGAUAAAAGUUUUAGAAAAAUAGAAAUAUAUUCAAAAUCCAUAUUCUUACAAGUUACAAUCAACUUUAAGCAGUUAUUUAUGUAAUUAUUGUAAAUAAUUUGUUACGUCAAUAUACGUCCAAUCGAUGAUUGCAUCGAAAAAGCAUUUAUUUAUUAAAAACAGAAUCUCGAAGAUAUUUUGAUUUGUAAAUAUUUUUACGUGCCAAAUUCAUUUUUUAUAUUUUAUUCUGUAACGCGUCACCAUUCCAAUAGUCAGAAUCGGUAAAUUAAUAAAAAUAUUUUGACUGAA